CUUCCUUCGGCACCUCUCUCCCAACUCAUCCCUCAACAAUAACGCUCACCGUCUCGCCUCAUUGCAGUUUCGUCCGGAUCCACGAGUCAUCCGCUAUAUAUAAUCAUAAUAAAACAAGAAGUUGAAUGACGCCGACCAUAUGACUCUACAUCUGACACGGAAUGACUUUCGUCUCGUUUGCGUGGAGAGUGAGCUGAAGAAAGACAGCAAGAAACAACAGCAGUUCAUGGACCUCACCGACAAUUCCAUGUUCCCCCCGGCUCCAUAUUUCUUCCCUACCACUCGAUCCUUGUCGUCGUCUCCCAGACCACGUCGCCGGGCAUCGCAGGGCUCCAUCUCUACCCAACACGUACACUAUCCCUUGUCUCGCUUUCUGGCUUCAAAGGAGAAGACCGCUCUUCAAAUUCCCUCAUUUAACUCAGCUCGGGCAUCGUCGAAGAUACAAAUGUUGGUCGAUACUACCGUUCCGGGCGAUUCAUUACGGUCUCUACCCUUGACACCGCCGGCAGACGACGAAGACGAUGAGCAUUGGGCAGUUCCAUCCGUGGAUCCGGGGAUGAAUCGCGAGCCAAAGCCGCAGGUCGCCAUGGACGAGAAUCGGGAUAGACACAACGCCUCUCAGUCUCAAAGAGACGGCAGAUCCUCUUUAAAUGCAGUACCGGGUCGACAGUCGUCGAGUGACGAUGAUGUGCACAUGACCGAUCAAGACACGCACGACCAACCGCCUCCAGAGAAUUGGCUCGAUAACGGCAUCAAAACAGCCCUUUCUUCCCUUUUCGACUCCAAUAAAAGCCCCGAUGCAGUGCGUCUUGUUUCGCAGACUCUGCCGUAUCCUCGAUCCCCAGAGCGAAAUGUACGGUUACCGACUCAAAGCACCGUGUUUGGAUCGAUAAUCGAAAACAUACAAGAUCGUCUUCGUCCCGAAAGACCACCUUAUAUCCAUGUUGUUCAUGCAGUGCCGGAAGAUUUCAGCCUGUCCAACCUACCGACUUCGCCUCCUAGCACUCCAGGUCAUCUAAUGCAAAUGGACAAUCCCUUCGAUGCGACUGUGUUCUCCAGUGCAAGCACAGUUCCCGUAUAUCACGAUAUUUAUGGUAGUGUCCGCCCCGUCAGCUGGCCACAUCCUAUUGUCCCACCUUAUAGUAUUCACAUUUCCGUUCUGGAACGAUAUAUACCACCCUCAACACGACACGAGUACCGCGAUAUGUUUUGUUACGGUCGACCGUCCAUACUCACGGACCGUCUACUCGAGCUAUCCCCUCUUGGCGGAUGCCUUUUGUUCAUAUAUCCUACCCGACUUGGGGCCAUGACCUUUAAGAGUCAAUAUCUUGGACCCAUUUUAGACCCUCUCUUGCGACAGUUGGUGGUUGUUAAUGGCUUUUCUGCAGACGUGAGUCGAGAGUUGGGUAAAUUAGAAGCGGUCAACGGUAUGGACGACUUUGAUACGAUGAAGAUGAAUGUGGAAAAUUUGUGUCAGAAACUCAGCAAUCAAGCAGCCAAAUUCACGGUAGUCCAAGCUGGCAAGGGCCGUGCUCCGCUUGAUCGUAACCUCUGGACUGAAUGGUUUAUUCAACAAGAGCGUCCACGAAUGAAAUCCUUAUUGAGUCGGAGUUGGCAGACAUCCGGACGACACACGCCAAAACUGAACAGCCCCGAGACUAGCGGAGGUUUGAGCUCAGCGAUGUUAUUGAGCGAGAUUAUCGAAGGAAUCAAACGACGACAAUACGAGACAUCUCCCAGGGGAGAUAUCGAGCUUGGUGUUUUUGUGAUCCGCCGAUCGCACUAACUUUGUCUAUGUUUUUUUAAGACUAUUUAUUUAGCAAAGGAACGGAGUGUCAGGGAAAAAAAGUAUGUUAUCAUCAGAUUAGCGACAUGGCAGUGAGGCGUUCAGGGGGGAACGGUAUUGAUUUUGUUCUAUUCAUGAUUGGUGUGAUUGCUACAGUUAUAGAAUACCCAUUUGUUAUUGUUGUUUCAAGACGAGGUCCUGUAUACAAUAUUACUGUACCGUCUAUUGCUAGAGUUGAAUAGACAAUAUAAUAAUUAUUCUUAAUC